ACCGAGGGGAAAUCGGCAUUCCGGAACCUUGAGUCUGUGUUUACACAGGGGAGGGAGUUCACUUGGUAAACUUCAAACUGACGGUGAAACAUGCGGCGACUCUUUAUACUCACCCUCAGCCUGUUACCAUGGAUCCCAGCUGUCCUCUGCAAGGUAACCACCGAGGGAGAGCUUUCCAUCAUGGAGGGUCAAUCCCUCACAAUCCCGUGUCAUUACGAGCCUCAGUAUGCCAGCUAUGUAAAAUACUGGUGUCGGGGGAAGAUGAGGGAGUUCUGCACCAGUUUAGCUCGAACAGAUGAGCCCCGUUCAGCCAAUCCAGCUGAGAAGAAAGUGAGCGUUUUUGAUGACCAGGUCCAGCUGGUGUUCACGGUGACCAUGAACAACCUGAAGGAGGGGGAUUCUGGGUGGUACAUGUGUGGUGUGGAGAUAGGAGGUGUGUGGAGCGCUGAUGAUGUCGCUUUCACUAACAUCAAGGUCAUUCAUGGUAUGUCAGUGGUGAACAGCCGAGUGAGUGGGGAAGAAGGGAGUAGUCUCACAGUUGAAUGCCACUACAGUGAGAGAUACAGAGAGAGUGAGAAGAAGUGGUGUCGGAGUGGAGACUGGAGCUCCUGUCUGCUGACAGGUUCUGAAGGGAACUACGAAGACACUUCAGUGGCCAUCAGCGAUGACAGAACUAGGACUUUCACUAUAACCCUAAAGAAGCUGCAGAUGAGAGAUACCGGCUGGUACUGGUGUUCUGCAGGACAGCAGCAGAUGGCCGUGCAUGUACUUGUCACACACCGGGCUACGACUACAGCGGUGUCUGUGACAUCCCCACCUACACGCCUACAUUCUGCUGCAUACCUGCCUCCACCCAAACCCAUCACUAAGGAAUACUGGAACAGUCACAGUCACAUCUUGGAGUCUUUGCUGGUGUGUGCUUCGAUAAUGCUUCUUGUGGGCUUGGCCAUACUGGCGAGAAAAUUGUGGAAACAGCGCAAACAGGAUCCUUUGCAGAGACAAGUUAAGGCGAUAAAAGCAAGGCACAAUGAGUACUCAGGGGAUGUAGGUGACCUGCAAAACGCUGCUGUCGUUUUCCUCAACAGGGACUCCCAGGACGUACAUAUGUACUGAGCUCUGUCACUGCAGCAUUUAUUGUUACUCUUUGUAACUGAAUGUAAUUUUGGUGUUAGUUCACUGCACACAGCACAUGCUUUACUUCCAGUGUCUUCUUUAUGUUACAUACCAGCACAGUUAAAGACAUUUUGAUGUUUCUUUUUUUGCUUGCUGUUCUCUGCUGGCAACUGGUAUAAGCAGGAGAGCUUAGAAGAGUAUAUUUUUUCUGUAAGGCAAAUUAACCAAAAUAUAAUAACGGGGUCCUCUACUUAAUUUCAUCAAUCAAGAGCAGCGCUGUAACUACUACUAAUGACACUAAGGUUUAUUAUCAUAUGAUUUUGGCAGAGUUUACAUUCUACAGUUAAAAAUGUACAUUACAAUUAAAUCUGACUAUGUUUAUUAUCAUAUAUAGAGUUAAGUUGGGUAAUUUGGGACACUUUACACACACACUUUUCACACAUUACCACUAAAAUCAACCCAAAGUUCUGAAUACUACCUUAAGUGUUACUUGUAGAACUUGAUAUGGAUUUUUGCUCUAUUUUUAUGAAGAAAAUAUGUUAUUAUUCAAAAUACUGUAGAAACGCUGGACCUUCAAACACAUCUAGAACCCCUACCUCAUUCCAAUGACAUGACAUGUAAUUCAUUCAAUCAGUUCUUAUUUAAAAAGAUUGUGCGACUUUUCUGCCAUGCUUUACCGUUCUUUCGCUGCCUGUUUCCUUGUUGCCAUAUUAUCUACAAUGGACAUGCAUGUGUAUACGUCUGUAUAUGUAACAAUACUGGCUAAUUCUGGACUAUUGUGGCUGACAUGAACUCACUGCAUCAUCGUGAUAUUUUUUAGGUGACAAAAAUGGCUGGAAUAUUGCAGGAUGGCAUGCAAUAACAUAGUCAUGAUUUUAUGGCACUUGGUAAAUUAAAACAUACUUUUCUCACUUCAGAAAAAAUGUCCAGUUGUAGCAUAGUUUUUUUUCCCAUUUUACCUGAAUGCAUUAAUUACUCACUCAAAGUGCAGUGUUGCCCUGGUUCCCUUGAAGAAAAGCCAGUGGGAUAUUUCUAUUGGAUUUUUGAUUGUUGCAGAAAAUGAGCUCUGUGGUGAAUAAAAGUUUAAGAUGCCUUCACAUUUUGUUCAGCAAGAUUUAUUUUACAAAUGCACACCACUUUUCGGGUUUUUGAAGUGUAAAUGCAAUUGCCAGAAAUAAAGAGCUAACCUUAGGCGAUAAACAAACUACACCAUGGUUGCAUAACUUCAGCGUCCACACCACAACAAAGUUGUAAAGUGAGAUGACAUUCACAUUCACAUUUAGCCACUUCUUAGCAACUGCCCUUUUGAAGACAUAUAAAAGCCUCAAAAUUCACCAAUGGGCUAUUUCCUGAUAUAUCUUUUGGUGUUGAACAAAAUGUGAAAGUCUCUUUAGCUUGUGCUUACCACUGACCUUAAUUUCAGGCAUCUAACCAAAGAAAACCCAUUCAAAACUCAACUUACUGACUUUGAGAUGAGGGAAAUGGAAAUGCUAAAAUGCUAAUUCUAUUUAAAUUAAACCUGCAAUAACAAUUUUUGGCCAUCUGGCUGCAGCAGAAACAUGCAAACACUCCUUUGACAUGAUGAACUUGUUAGCUAAUCACUCAUCCAGUGGAUGCAAUGUGGAGCAAAGUUAGCAUUCCUGUGGAGUCAUGUUUAUGUCCCCCUGAUAAUUGAAGUCCACUAUUUUUAACUCUCCUUUAAGCUCUGUUUUGGUCACUACCAACUCCUGAGGGAAAUAUGUGGUGCUUUUGCUGCUACAUACUCCACUGUGUUUACUGGCAAGUUGCUCACUGUGUCUGUCUGCCAGCUGGCACUGGGUAGGUAGAGCCAUUUUUUUUCUUU